AACUGCUAUCUUUUUAAUUUUAAUGAAAAUUUUUAAUUUUAUAUUUCAUUCAAUUUCCUUGAAACAUGGAUUGUUACGAACUUGAGUUGAGGCUAGUAUUUUUUUUCAUAAUGCAAAAAAAAAAAAACAAAUUGAUCAAUUAAUAUUUGUGUUCAAUUUAAUUUAGAAUCCUAAAAAAUGCACUUAGCAAGACCAAAGAUAAAUAAGAAACAGUAGACAAACACAGUGGACAAGCCUGUCCUGUUUUGCGGGGCUGUUAUGGUCCCACCCUAUGUGCUUAGUGAGACGAAGAUAAAAGUAAAUAAGCACAGGAGACAAAAGAAACACUAUGAUGGUGUUUGAAAUGGAAAGGAAGACAUUAUCACUGUGUUGUCUCUAUCUUCUAUUCACCUUCUCGUUCUCGUGUGUGAGAGACAAUUUUCAACCAUUCUUUUUGGCGGCAUUUAUUUUGCAUAACCGCUCUUUCUUUAAUACCUUCAAAUUCUGCUCAACUUUGAAACAAUCAUUGUGUAUUCACCUUCUUUCUACUAUUUCACUUCACUAUGCUCUUUUCCCUUCCCUUUUUCAUUGUUAUGGAUUGGUAUCAUCAAACUGAACUUUACUAUUAUUGUUACUAAUUUCAUUCCUAUCUUUCUCUUUUCUUUAUAUAAUAGUAUUACUUGAUUCUGGAUUUAUUGAUGGAACAAAAGUUGAAUCUCAAUGAAAAGUAUUCUGUUAGUCUCAGUCCCAAUUCUGUUCUUUCAUCUCAUCAACAUUACUUGAGCGUGAAGAACAAAAUGGCCACAAUAUUGGAGGAAAGGGAAAAAAUUGAAAGUUCAGGUAACAUUUCUCAUUCUUCAUGUCGAUCAGAUGAAGAAGGUUCAGUUAAGACACCUUCUCAGGAUUCAGAAUUGAGUUCUCAAUCUCCAUCUGUUUCUGGUUCCUGGACUCGCAGCUUAUCAAAUAGUUUUAUUGAAUUAUGCAUAAAUUCAGAUGUUUGUGAUAAAAAAUCUACUGUAGUAGAAGAAGUAGGUUCUGUAAAUUCAAAGAUGACAAGUGAUAACGUUACCAAUUCUCCUCUUCAAAAAGUUAAAGUUGAAAUACCUCACUCUCACCAACCAUAUCCAUCAGAAAUUGAUUGUUCAUCAAGAGUGAGUUCAAAAGUCUCAUUAACUCCUAUCAGAAAAAGGCUAAAUCCUUUCACACAGUCAAAAAAAGUUCCAAGAAACAUGGCUUGUCAAAAAUCUUUGUUGGAUGACUUCUCCAACACAACAAAAGAUAUCAAGUAUUCUAGUCUACCAUGUUCACCUCUUCAUCUGCAUGGUUAUCUCAAGUUGAAAAAUAAACAAGGACUUCCUUACUUUGAGUUUAAGGUAAAUUCUCCCAAAGAUGUCAUUGUUGCAAAGACAUGGAGAGUAGGUAGUAGUGCUUUCAAUUGGGUAUAUACCUUUCACUCUUUUGGUAAUAGAAAGAAGAACAACUAUACAGGUGUUUUGAAAUCUCAACAUUGUGUCAAAGAUUCAUCAAUGAUAGCACAAAUGCUAGUUUCCUAUAGUUUAUGUUCUGAGUUAGAAGGUGGAGUAUUUGGAAACUAUAUGGUGGCAGAAUUUGUGUUGCAUGAUUUUACACAUUCAAGACAAAAUUCUUCACCAAAAAAACCAUCUUACAGAAAACAAGAUGCUUCUAAGACUCUGAAUGCUUCUAGCCUUGAAAGUGCUGCUAUUGUAUUGCGAAUUCCGUUUCAUAAGAGAGAAAGUUUGAAAUAUAAAAGAGGGGAUGGAAUAAAUGGUAAAGCAUAUUCCAUACCAAGUGAUAUCUCUUCGGUAAUAGAGCAGGUGAAGGUGGUAUUACCAAGUGGAAACCAUGGUCUGCCAAGUGAUGAAAGCGAGGGUCCUUCAUCGUUACUUGACCGAUGGAAACAUGGUGGAGGUUGUGACUGCGGUGGUUGGGACAUGGCCUGUCCGCUUAUUGUUUUAGGCAAUCCAGGUAUUCAAUUUCAUGAAGAUAUCCAUCUUGUGGAGAAAUAUCAACCAUUUGAACUUUUCUCUCAGCCUCAGGGAAGGAAAGAAAGUAGUCCUACCUUUGGCAUGAAACUAGUUGAAGAGGGGCAAUAUGCAGUUGAUUUCCAUGCAAAAUUAUCUCCAUUACAAGCUUUCUCCAUUUCUGUCGCCAUUUUACAUGGCACCUCUGCCUUCCGCGCUACGGGACAGGUGAAAAACCAGCAGUUAUCUCAAUGCAAUUCACUUGAAGAGGAAGUAUAAUUUUUUAUCAAAUCAGUCAAAAAAGAAGAGAAGACAAUAUCUACAAUUCAGAAAAUGUGGAGUGUCUAGUGCUGAUGCCAGGAUCAGGAUGAUUUGUAACAACAAAUAUUGUCUAUAUUGUGAUAGGAUAGUUAGGGGAAAAGAUAAAGAUAUAGUAAUAGGAAAUGAUGAAUAUCCUUUCUAGACAAGCAGCCAUUUCCAUAUCUAAAUAUUCAGAAAUUCCAAUA